CUCAACACAUUCAUCACCUGUAGUCGUCAUGUCUCAGCCUUUGUAUACAAAGGAUAGAGAACUUCGCAGCUCAUUUUGUAGUUGUGUUAGCUAUUGUUCCCCAUCUCAGGCUUGUAUGCUUGUCUCCGCCCAGGUAUUGGAAGGGUAUUGGAGUCCUCCAUUUAACUUCAGGUAAGGCACAGAUCAGGAAGAUCCCAUCCGCAUAGGGUGAUCAGAUAUAUUGCGACGAGGGAACUGAAUGUGAGGUCCCAACCCAGGUAUGAAGACAGGACGACUUUGCAUGCCGUUCCAGUCAUUCUUGAAGACAUCCGCUCUCCAUAUAAGAAGCUGCUGAGGAACGAGGCUGCCACCUCCUGAAGUUCUCAUCUCAUUCCUUUCAAUCACACACAUUCACUCUACACCGGUCACACUUGACCGCUUUUCUUUGCUCUCACCGAGUGUGCACUCUCUUGUUACUUUGUGCUUCGUUCAUCUGCAGCAGUCUCCAAACGGCCAUUGAUUCUUCUGAUUCGCUCCUCUCACCAUGGACUUCCGUUCAGCAUUGAUUUACAUCUCCAACCGACGAGAGGAAGCUCGGGCCGCACAUUCAAGAAAACUGGCUAUAUUGAUGACAAACAGGGAUUGGGGUUGCUUUAUCCAAUUGUGCCCCAAAGACUUCCUGUCAUACUCGAGAAGAGUAUAUGAAAUGGACUCACGGUGGAUACGCCUCGCUGAGGAUGUUACAGCUUGUGCCAUUGCUGGCUUAUCUGAGCCAAUUAGUGGAGUUGCCCAGGAGUUGCAGCAUCUUCGAAACUACUUCUCGUUCACAGCUAUGCUUCAGGGUCUUCAAAAAGCCGGGUGCUUUCCCGAAAACCUAUCGGCCUUCCGGGGAUUCAUUGAGCCAGAUAAAAAUUAUCAACUUUGCCGGGCUGCACAUCUGAAGAACCCAGGGCUUCCUUUUUUACACCCUCACGUCCAUGAACUACGCCUUCAAAUGGCAACGGAAAGCCGACAGGGCAUUGAAACAGGAAAAAUAUUACAGGAGCUUUUCCAGUUUGUGGCAUAUCGCAGAUGGACUGACUACCAUUCUGUGGAUGAAAGUCUUCCAGACUGGUCGCCUCUGGUGACCUGGAACGCAUUCACUUUACUAGUUUCUUUUCUCAGUACACCAUGGCGUUGGGCCAGUAACACAAUCUGGCUGGAAAGAGCGCCUUUGCCAGACAUUGAGAGAAGCGCUGAAAUACCAACGAGGCCAAUGUCAAGUCGGGGAGACGACGAAGAAAUGGGUGUAUCCAGUAUAUACCGACAAAAUGGGUCUCAGCUCCCAGAGCAAUUCUCUCAGAAUUUAUUGGAGGAGCCACUUGACGACGAAAUAAUGUCGCAAUACUCAACGGAUGGCACUGCACUCCUUGAACUGGGAUUUGAUGAAACGCGAUAUACGUUUAUACUACUAUCAAACCUAGAACACAGUGAGAUAGUCAAAGUGGUUCUCCCCGAUACUCUCCAAAAUGUCAUUCAACUUCUACAUGUGCCCUAUGCGCAAGAACUACCGGAUGAGUCUUGGGAGAUGGUUUCACAAACGUCCAAUCUCACAUCUGUACUGGACAAACUCAGGGAGACGUUUCCUACUUCUUGUAUCAAUCCACACUAUGAUCCAUACAUACCUACUGAGGAUGAAAUACUCAAGCAUGGACUUGACGUGGCAAGAACCCUACGUUAUGUCUGCUUCCAGGGAAGGUUAGCAGAUGCAGGGGCGGCGGGGUCACUGGCAUGAUCAAUCUUCUAUGGAGAAAAUCCAGCAUCGUUUCUGCUCAAGUUGUUCAACUAUCUUCCCAGUGCGCCAUUUACUAAUCUAAGAGUUGCGCAGGAUGUUUAUUGCCAGUCUCUCGAGUCCCAAGCCGCAUUCCAUGGCCUCCUCAUUUUUCGACUCCGAGGAUGCGGAGCAAGUGGUUUGGUCUCUGAUGAUUCUGGUUGAAAUUGUCAGUUUCCAUAGCUCAAUAGGGAGAGGAAAUAUACCAAGUGCGCUUGAGAACGGUGUUUCAUCUGCAUUUCUUGAGCAUCUCGUAACUUCUUAAUUGAACCUAUAUGUAUUUUG